UCAUCCCUUUUCUUCUCACUUUUUCUUCCUUCCCCUCUUCAAUCCUGUCUCUACCUCUGCUUUCCUCUGCUUCUCUUCUUUUCUCUCCCCCAAAGGAUCCUGCUGACAGUGGUGGUGAUAUUCCGGAUCCUGAUCGUGGGUAUAGUGGGAGAGAAGGUGUACGAGGAUGAACAGAUUAUGUUUAUCUGUAACACGCUGCAACCAGGUUGCAACCAGGCCUGCUACGAUAAAGCCUUCCCCAUCUCCCAUAUCCGUUACUGGGUUUUCCAGAUCAUCUUGGUGUGUACACCCAGCCUCUGUUUUAUCACUUACUCAGUGCACCAGUCUGCGAAGCACAAAGAUCGCAGUUACACCCUCCUGCAUGGCCCGUACAUCGACCACGGGCAUGGGCCGAGCCGCAAGCUCCGCAACAUCAACGGUAUCCUGGUUCACCCGGAAAGCAAAGACAACCAUGACUGUCUGGAUUUGAAAGACAUUCCCAACAUUCCGCCAGGGGCCACAUACUCCAAAAGUGCCAAGAUACGUCAGCAGGAGGGCAUCUCCCGUUUCUAUGUCAUACAAGUGGUGUUCCGGAACGUUCUGGAAAUCGGCUUUCUCGCUGGCCAGUACUUCCUGUAUGGAUUCAAUGUUCCUGCCAUGUUUGAGUGUGACCGCUACCCUUGCGUGAAGGAGGUCGAAUGCUACGUGUCACGUCCCACGGAGAAGACAGUUUUCCUGGUGUUCAUGUUCGCAGUUAGUGGGAUCUGCGUGGUGCUAAAUUUGGCUGAGCUCAACCAUCUGGGCUGGCGGAAGAUUAAGACGGCCAUUCGUGGUGUCCAGGCUCGCAGGAAGUCCAUUUGUGAGAUCCGGAAAAAGGAUGUGUCCCACCUUUCCUCUGUGCCCAACCUGGGCCGCACCCAGUCUAGCGAAUCAGCCUAUGUCUGACAGCGAAUAGGGGAGGGGCUUAGACGAGGUUGGGAGUGGCUGACGAGGCAACGGCCACACCCGGUGCUGCAGACUUGACAUUGCAAAUUUUAUGCAUAGUUUGGACAGGGUGAAAGAGGGUUAAGGUGAAAAAAAAAAAGAAUAGCAAAAUGACUGGAGUAAAUCAGAUUUGGCAUUCUAAACUUUAUGGAGAAUAAAAAUGCUUUUUCGGACUUUAAUGAUGAGCGCUGGGGAACAGAGCGGGACUCAUACUUAGCAGACAAACACUUUAACGCAACACACACUCACACACAUACUGAUUUCCCUGAGCCCUGCUUAACAACAAAGUCUUCCAAAAGAAAAAGAGAAAUUUAAGAAACAAAACUGAUUCGAGUUGCUUGAUGUCUAAAGAGAUGGAAAGAUGGAGGGAUGAAGCUAGAGGGCAGCUCAGCAUUGUAAAGUAUCAAAAUGUUCUCCAUGGUCAAUGCUGAGACAUCCUCUUAUAUUCUGAACAACUGGAAAGAGAAAAAAAGGAGGAAAAACAAAAGAGUAUAAAACCGUACCUCAGCACAGACUCCUCUACGCCUCUCCCCCACUUGCUUUCUUUCAUUUUCUGUCUCUUUUUGCAGAGUUUUAUAGAUAUAGCUAUUAAGUAUACAAGGCAAGAAGAGAAAACGAACAUUUAUUUACUGAUGAGCCACCCCCACGAUUGCUGGAGGGCCAUAAGAGAUUCCAUCCUCAUGUAAAAAUCAACAUUGACACACCACAGUCCCCAGUCCAAAUCCUAGAAUCCCUGUGUUUUCCCAACCCCUCCAUUCAUUACUGUACAUAUCUCAGAAUAUCGAUAUUGCAGCAUCCAUGUAUUUCACACAUUGAAGUGUAGCUUUUGCCAUUAUUUAAAAAGAAUGACACAUUGAUUGCCAAAAACAAAAAAGAAAGAAAGAGAGAAAAAAAAAUGAAAUUGUGUUGUUUAUCUGCAUUUGUUCUGUAAUGGACAGGAAAAAUUGUGAUUUUAUACUAUGGGCAUUUCCAGACAAAGGCAUGUUGUGAUGCAUCAUUAGAAUGGCUAGAUAGUGUUACGAGCUGUGUAUAGAAAUGGACUGUUUCUUUUUUUUGCACCCAAUAUUUUUGAGGUGUAUUCUGAAGCAUGCGAGAGGAGAUCUAUAGCUCUAUGGGAAUGGCAGAGAGAGUCUAUACUGAGUAAGGCUCCAAUGCAGCAAUAAUAUAAAAAAAAUACAUAAAUUUUAAAUAAAUAUAUGUCAUAAAAAUAAACAAAUAAACUAUUAAAGAAAUAAAUGAAAUAUGAUGGCAUAACAAUUUCUUUGUCAUUUGAUUCUGGCCAUGCCAAUGCUGGAGUUUUUUUGUUUUUUUCAGGAUGCAAUCAUUGCAGGGAUGAAGGUGGUGAAAGCAUUAAAUCACACACCAAUACACAGCACUAGAUCACCUGCAUAGAUGUUCUCUGAAUGGAAUAAUGUGUGUGUGUUGUUUUACCUUGGCCAAGUUGGAAAAGCAAUCACAGAGUAAAUAGGUUUACACUACCUGGGUUUCCAUCCAAAUGUUUCACAAAGAGAAUGUGCAACAUUAUAUGUGUUUUGUUAUCAACUAUGCAGCCUCUCAGUGGGCAUCUUUGGUGCGAGUAAGAGCAGAAAAACAUGCUUAAAUAGUUUAAAUGCCAUAAUAGUUUUUUUUUUUUUUCCCCAUCUAAUUAAUGUGAUUGUUGACAUGAGAAAACCCACCGUAGUAUUGAACUGCACAAUUUGGAGUUUAUGUACAUAUCAAGCUUUUAUAUUCAGGAUUUCUAAAUUCAGAAUUCCCAUAAAAAUUGUUGGAUAGAAACUUAGUGAGUGUGAGCCACGAAUAGCCAAAUUAUUCCCAUGAGCUUGCCUAACAAAUUAGCAGUAAAGAGAGAAGCUGCUAAAUUAAGACAUUAGAAAUGAAAUGAAAAUGAGUGUAGAUAAGACAAUGUAAUGGUUGCUAACUAAUGUGGAAUGAGUCAAAGCUCUUACACAAGCUAUGUAUAGCUCCUAUUGUCUGUGCUGCUGGCGUUUUCUUUUUUCAGAGAGAAUACAAAUGAUUUUGCACUGCAACUAGGCCUAUGUUUUAUUCAGGACAAGUACCAUCUUCAGAAUUAUUUACAUUUUAAAUCAUUAAUGCAGUUAAAAUGUUUGGAAAUAGGUCUUCUAUCAAAUUUAUAGUUGUUACUUAGAUGACCGCAA